UGAAAUGCAAGAAACUGAUAAUUCUGAAACUAAUAACGAUAAUAAUAUUAAUGAAAUAUAUGAAUCUGUGGAUACAGAGGUUAAUAAUAUUCUUAAUGAAGCAGAAGAGUCUGAUGAUAGUUUAGAAUAUAAUAAAAAAAAUCAAAGAUCUAAAGAG